AACUAUUAGUAAGUGGAAUGAUUUUAUCAAUAUUAACUCCAGUAUCGGUCGUCUUAUGGGUUGGUGUACUUCUUUUAGCUGUCGUUGUCGCGGCAUUAAGUAGUAGAAAGAAAACACAUCUAAGCUCUAAUCUCCAAGUUCUUCCUGGACCACACGGGUUACCUGUCCUUGGUUGCUCUCAUAUCAUCGGCCGUUACAAUAACCCCUGGCAUGGGUUCUCUAAUCUACGAAAACAGUACGGUGAUGUUUUCGGCCUAACUCUCGGCUCCCGGAAAUGCGUUGUGGUUAGCUCUCUCUCGGCCAUGAAACAAGUCCUCGUUAGUAAAAGUGAAGACUUCGCAAAUCGGCCUGAUUUCCUGCGUUUCCACGCCAUCUUCCGUGGCAACAGAAACUACUCCAUUGCCUUAUGUGACUGGUCUUCGAAACAGAAAGUUCGCCGAGAAAUCGUAUUUCCAUACAUGCAUCCGAAGUGUGUGUCCUUCGGUAUCGACCGUAUGAAUACCUUCAUUACUCGAGAACUACAAGAAUUAGUUACAACUUUAUUGACCGUUGAGAAUCAAUUAAUCGAACCCAGACCGUUCCUUCUUGUGUGUACUGCGAACAUUUUCUAUCAAUAUUUAUGCAGUAAGCGAUUUCACACAAAAGAUCCAACUUUCCAGAGGAUAGUCAGGAUCUACGACGUCGUCUUCAGGGAACUUUUUCAGGGUUUUGCUAUUGAUUUUAUGCCAUGGCUCAAGGUUUUUAACGAAAAGCGGCUGAAAGAUCUUAGAGACAAGGCAGAUGAGGUCACUAAGCUAACAGAAACUAUAUUUGAUGAACAUGAGAAAACGCUGGAUGAAGAAAAUUUGCGCGAUUUGGUUGACAUAUUUUUAAAACAUAUUAAAGGAACCGGGAAUAAUUUGUCCCGAGAAGACGCAGAGGUCACGGUGGACGAUCUAUGCGGUGGACACUCUGUCUUAGGGAACCUAUGGCUGUGGGGUCUUUACUUGGUAGCUGGAUACCCCGAAGUGAAGGAGAGGAUACGAACGGAAGUGUCGAGAGCCACAGAAGACCGGAGACAUCCGUGUCUGCAGGACAAGCCGGCACUACCAUACACGGAGGCAGUGACACUGGAAAUCUUGAGGGUUGUCGCUUCACCAAUAAUUCCUCACGUAGCCACCAAGGACACCAACAUUCAAGGUUUUCAUGUCCCUAUAAACACUAUGGUGAUGUUCAAUACAUUCGACCUAAACAUGGAUGCACAAUACUGGGAAGAACCUCGAAGAUUUAAGCCCGAAAGGUUUCUCACUAAAGAAGGCAGAGUUCUGAAACCCGAUUACUUCUUUCCAUUUGGAACAGGAAAAAGAACAUGCCUGGGUGACAGUUUAGUUAAAUCCACUCUUCUCCUGGGUCUAGGAACUCUUCUACAAAUGUUUGACGUUUGUACAGAAGAAGUCAAUGCACCAGAUUUGGACUCAAUCUCGGGUCUUGUUGUUCCGCAAAAAGAGAUCAAACUUAUUUUUAAGCAACGACUGAACUUCACGAAUAAAAGUGAAUAUUUCUCUUGCUCGGCGCUUUAAUACAAAGCAGAGUUUAAAUGUUUGAAAACGAUUCAUUAUUAGCUAUUCUUGUAUUAGCUGCAAUCAAAGAAAUCUGACUUCUCGAAAUCAUUUCAUUUAUUCGACCAUUCAAUGGUGUGUACGUAUAUUCUAAAACUAUCUCAAAGGAGACAAACUGUGUAUUUAAGUUUUAAACAAGUUUUGUAAUGAAAGCUGUUAUUGAUGUCCGU